AUGAAAUUCCUCUAUGAUCGAGAUCAUGGCAUAAUGAGGCCACUAUUAGUCCUAAAAUCUCAAUUGGUGAAAAGAGGGAAACAGAGUUGGAGUGAUAACUAUACUAAAGAUUUAAUAAGAGGUAUUCUAAUGACUGCCUGUGAUAUCAGCGCCACAUUCAAGCCCUGGAGUAUUCAGAAAAGAGUGGCUGAAUUGGUGGCUCAUGAGUUUUUUGAGCAAGGUGAUCUGGAAAGAGAGAAACUCAAUCAAAUGCCAAUCGCUAUGAUGGACAGGGAGAGGGAACACGAACUGCCCUUAAUGCAGGUUGCUUUUAUCGAUCUCAUAUGUCUUCCUGUUUAUAAGAUUUUAAGCGAUUGUUGGCCACGACUUUUACCGUUAUAUAAGGGAUGUCUCGCAAACAGAGAUCAAUGGAAAUGUUUAUCAGAUGAAAACACAGCGAGUGAAAAAUAAUCAAACAAAUAACAAGAAUUAUAAAACAAAAGACUGAUUGUCUGCUAAUUAUAAUAUAUUGUAUGUCUUUAACGUACAAAUAAUAUAAUUCUGU